CAGGUCCUUCGUCCCCUGGGCUGCGGAGCCGCCUGGCAUGAGGUCUCCCAUCCUUCUGACUUCACAAGAUAAUUGUCCAUUUGCUGACCGUCUACACCAUGUCGGAACAGAUACUGACCCUCACGCUGGAGAUCAUCCACCUGCUGACGGGAGAGGAUUACAUGGUAGUGAAGAAAUCUGAGUGUGCGACACGAGGAUGGAGCAAGAGCCAAAGCUCCGUCAUGGAUCCUCCGCCUCAAUCACUGAUAAAUCUUAGAGAUCAUGAGCAGAAGAUCCUAGAGAUCAUCAACAAGAUCGCCCAGAUGCUGAGCGGAGAGGAGGUCACUGUCUCUCUCUCCACCGAGAAGUGGGAGAAGGAUCAGCACAAGGACGUCAAGGUGGAGAAACUCGAGCCUCUCACACCACAGGAUGGAUCCAGUAGAUGUAGUACACCAGAAAGCUCCCAUACUCUUCAUGAUUUUCCCUUGGACAGUUCUAAGAAUAAUCAGAUGGAUGACCUUGUUAUCAUCAAAGUGGAGAAUACAGAGGGAGACGAGGAGUAUUAUAAAGCUCAUUUUCCUAGUAAGGAGGAGGAUGCACCAGAUGUCCUAUUGAGUCUAGAGUGCAAUUCUCCAAGUUUAGUGUCUGAUUGUGAAGCGGAAUACUCAGAUCCACCUUCAGUCAAGAGCGAUUGCUCCUCUGAUCCCACUAUGCUCAAGGGAUCUUCGUCUGAUCAGUCACAGACUGCUCAACAGCUUUCCCCCUUGGACGGGAGAAACAAGAGAAAUGAGAACCGACUUUCAUGCUUGGAAUGCGGAAAAUGUUUCACCAAUAAGACACAUCUUCUUGAACAUCAGAAAAUCCACACGGGAGAGCAGCCAUUUUCAUGUGUAGAAUGCGGGAAAAGUUUCACCGGGAAAUUAGAUCUUUGUGAGCAUAAAAAAAUUCACACUGAAAAAAACAAAUUUUUGUGCCCUGAUUGCGGAAAAAGUUUUAAUCAGAAAACAGGUCUUGUUAGACAUCAGAGAACCCACACUGAGGAGAAGUCACAUAUGUGUUCAACAUGUGAAAAAUGUUUUACAACCAGGCAACAUCUUCUUGAACAUCAGAGAACUCACACCGAGGAGAAGCCGUUCCCAUGUCCCGAAUGUGGGAAAUGUUUCGCAGUUAAAUCAAAUCUUUUUGCCCAUCAGAAAACUCACACGGGAGAGAGUCCUUUUCAAUGUGCGGUGUGCGAAAAAAGUUUCAUCCUAAAAACAGAUCUUAUUAUCCAUGAGCGAAUUCACACAGGAGAGAAGCCGUACUCGUGUUCAGAAUGUGGGAGAUGUUUUGUCCAGAAACAAGCUCUUGUUGCACAUCAGAGAACUCACACAGGGGAGAAGCCAUAUUCUUGCUCGGAAUGUGGGAAAUGUUUUGCAAUUAAAACAAAACUUGAUGAACAUCAGAAGGUUCACACGGAGGAGAAGCCAUUUACUUGUCUGGUGUGUAAAAAAUCUUUCAACUGGAAAACAGAUCUUGUGAGGCACAUGAGAAUUCACUCAGGAGAGAAGCCAUUCUCCUGUUCGGUGUGUGGGAAGCGCUUUCGAAGCAAACAGCAUUUGGUGGACCAUGAGAGAAUUCACACCGGGGAGAAACCAUUCUCGUGUUCAGAAUGCGGGAAAUGUUUUAGAUUAAGAAACAAUCUUUACGUACAUAAGAGAAUUCACACGGGGGAUCGUCCGUUUUCAUGUCCAGAAUGUGAGAGAUGUUUCACCCAGAGGUCGGAUCUUACUGCGCACAGAAGAAGUCACACAGGGGAGAAGCCAUAUUCAUGUUCAGAGUGCGGGAAAUGUUUUACCCGAAAACGAAGUCUCGUUGAUCACCGGAGAAUUCACACGGGGGAAAAGCCUUAUGCGUGUACAGUUUGCGGGAGACCGUUUAACCAGAAGCAAGCUCUUGUCGUACAUGAGAGAAUUCACACAAAAGAGAGGCCAUACCAAUGUACUGAAUGCGGUAAAGGGUUUAACCAGAAACAAGCUCUUAUUGUACAUCAAAGAAUUCACACCGGGGAGAAGCCAUAUUCAUGUACAGAAUGUGGGAAACAGUUCAUCCAGCUUCCAACUCUUGUUGCACAUCAGAGGAGUCACGCUCGGGAGAAGCCAUAGUCGUGUGUGGAAUAGAUAACCAGACUGUAUAUAGGAGAAUUCACACGGGGCAACGUUUUAACCAGCCAACGUUUGUUGAACAUUGAAGAAUUCACACAAAAAAAGAUGACUUACCCAUCUUCAACGGUUUGGGCAGGAAAAUUUUCUUAUUGUACAUAAGGGAAAUCGCACCGUGAAGAAGCCAUAGAAAGGGAGAAAUGUCUUACAGAAGAACAGACUCUUGGCAAUUCACAGGUCAUGUGGAUUUGUAAGUAGGUGCAUGUUUUUAGAUUUUCAUGGUCAAGAGA